AUCCUGAUGAAACAGUCGUCAUGGAAUUGCCAGCGUUUUUUACUACAAAAUAUUUUUUUCGGACUUGAAGAGUCCAAAUUACAAGGUUUGAGAAUGAGAAGUGUCAUGUGGAAAGUUUAUUUAUUAUCGGUUUUAUUGUUAUUUCUAAAAUCGUUCGUGUCAGACGAAGUUGAGGCGGAAAACUCUUUGAAUGUCCGUGAGACGGAAGGAGGAUCUGAUGUGUCCAAACAAGAAACAUCAAACACAGAGGCUGGAAUCGACUUAAACAAACCAAACCAAGAUGGGCCAGCUGUCAGUAAGUCAAAUGACACUGAUACCUUCAGCAAUGACACUCUCCAAUCAACAACAUCUACUGUCAAGCCAACAACCCUGCCACCCCCAAACCCCAAACCGAUCCUGCCUGUACAGACAGGGGUUAAGGCUCAGGAAGAAGAGCAGUCCAAUGGCUUGACCAUAUUCUUCAGUCUGUUGGUUAUUGGUAUCUGCAUCAUAUUGGUGCACCUGCUUAUAAAGUUCAAACUGCAUUUUCUUCCAGAGAGUGUAGCUGUCGUUUCCCUUGGGAUUCUGAUGGGAGGCUUCAUUAAGAUCAUUGAGUUUCAGGAACUGGCCAACUGGAAGGAGGAGGAGAUGUUUCGACCCAACAUGUUCUUCCUUUUGCUGCUGCCACCCAUCAUCUUUGAAUCUGGAUAUUCUUUACAUAAGGGUAACUUCUUCCAGAACAUUGGCUCCAUUACCCUCUUUGCUGUGAUUGGCACGACUAUCUCUGCUUUUAUUGUUGGAGGCGGUAUCUAUUUUCUCGGACAGGCUGAUGUGAUCUAUAAGGUGACCAUGGCCGAUAGUUUUGCCUUUGGCUCGCUGAUCUCAGCUGUAGACCCUGUAGCUACGAUCGCCAUCUUUAAUGCCCUCAAUGUGGACCCAGUCCUCAACAUGCUGGUGUUUGGAGAAAGCAUUCUCAAUGAUGCUGUCUCCAUUGUCCUCACCAACACAGCAGAGGGUUUCUUUUCCCAAUCGAACAACUCCGUGGUAAAUGGCUGGGACACGUUCUUGCAGGCUCUGAGCUAUUUUCUUAAAAUGUUUUUUGGUUCUGCGGCCCUCGGAAUGCUCACUGGACUCAUCUCUGCUGUUUUUCUUAAACACUUUGACCUGAGGAAGACCCCUUCACUUGAGUUUGGCAUGAUGAUAAUCUUUGCCUACCUGCCCUAUGGUCUGGCUGAAGGCAUCAAACUGUCUGGAAUUAUGUCCAUCCUGUUUGCAGGAAUAGUCAUGUCUCACUAUACGCAUCACAACUUGUCACCAGUCACCCAGAUUCUCAUGCAGCAGACGUUACGCACAGUGGCUUUCAUGUGCGAAACGUGCGUGUUUGCCUUCCUUGGUCUUUCCAUCUUCAGCUUCCCUCAUAAAUUUGAAAUAUCCUUUGUCAUCUGGUGCAUAGUUUUGGUUCUCCUCGGCCGAGCUGUGAACAUCUUCCCUCUGUCAUUCCUGCUGAACUUUUUCAGAGACCACAAAAUCACACCCAAAAUGAUGUUCAUUAUGUGGUUUAGUGGUUUGCGAGGAGCGAUCCCCUAUGCUUUGAGUCUUCAUCUGGGCCUGGAGCCUAUUGAGAAGCGCCAGCUGUUCGGCACCACCACCAUCAUCAUUGUACUCUUUACCAUCCUUCUCCUGGGGGGUGGAACAAUGCCAUUGAUCCGUGUCAUGGACAUUGAGGAGAACCAGUCAAGGCGCAAGAACAAGAAAGAUAUUAAUCUGAGCAAGACAGAGAAAAUGGGAAAUACGAUUGAGUCAGAGCAUCUGUCAGAGCUUACAGAAGAGGAGUAUGAGGCUCACAUCUACCAGAGACGAGAUCUGAAGGGCUUCAUGUGGCUCGAUGCUAAGUACCUUAACCCCUUCUUCACUCGCAGACUCACCCAAGAGGACCUGUUACAUGGCCGGAUCCAGAUGAAAACCCUGACCAACAAGUGGUAUGAAGAAGUCCGACAGGGACCCUCUGGCUCUGAGGAUGAUGAAGAUGAAACGGAGAUCCUGUGAACUCAACAAACUAUGUCAGAUGAUGUGAAAACAAUUCACAGGCAUUGUAUAUUCUGGGCUCAAUGGAUGCUUGUGGGAAGACAAAUGGUCUUUUCAGUUUCAGUCACAUGCACUUCUUGUUUGUUCACCUGCCUUGGUGUUCACGUGAUAAGAAGAGUCAGUUUCCACUGUGAUCUUCAGCACAUGGAGUGGGAGAGAUUUUGUUAAUUUGUACUCCAUUUUUU